CCCGCUUUCUCUCUCUCACCCUCGUCCUCUUCCUACCCCCGAGCGAAACCCUAACCCUAGCGCCGGAACCCUAACCCUAGACGCCAUGAAGACGAUCCUGGCGACGGAGACCAUGGACAUACCCGAGGGGGUGACGGUGAAGGUGAAUGCGAAGAUUGUGGAGGUGGAGGGCCCGCGGGGGAAGCUCACCCGCAACUUCAAGCACCUCAACCUCGAUUUCCAGCUCGUCGAGGGGGGGAGGAAGCUCAAGGUCGACGCGUGGUUCGGGACCCGCCGCACCAUGGCCGCGAUCCGAACGGCGAUCUCCCACGUCCAGAACCUCAUCACGGGCGUCACCAAGGGCUACCGAUACAAGAUGCGCUUCGUCUACGCCCACUUCCCCAUCAACGCCUCCAUCACCAACUCCAACUCCUCCAUCGAGAUCAGGAACUUCCUCGGCGAGAAGAAGGUGAGGAAAGUUGAUAUGUUGGAAGGUGUCUCAAUUCUUCGCUCUGAGAAAGUCAAGGAUGAGCUCGUCCUUGAUGGCAAUGAUAUCGAGCUUGUCUCUCGCUCAGCUGCACUCAUCAACCAGAAAUGCCACGUGAAGAACAAGGAUAUCCGGAAAUUCUUGGAUGGCAUUUACGUUAGCGAGAAGGGCACAAUAUCUGAAGACCAGUAAACUACAUACUCGAAGAGUCGAUACGAGCGAGGCUUUACCUUUUUAAACUUUUCGCGGUGCAUGCAACAGAACUCGGGCUUUAUUCUUCUUUCCAUUGAAUGUGGUGUUAAGAGUUUGGAUAUUCGAGUACUAGGUUAAAUUUUGGUACUACUAUUUACUCGUCGGACGAUCUGUUUUUGUUCUAUUUUAGUACUAGCGAGUCGUUAGAAUCAUGUUUGAUGUCAAUUAUUAAGACGAUUCGAUGUGCUUGUUCUUCGCCUCUAGUUUAAGAAAUCGCGAUAGAAAUUGCCGUUUUCCGACUGAUA